AUGGAUUCGACACCCGUCUUUGCGCAAGCGACUGGGCAAAUCUUUGCGCAAGCGACGCGAAUUUCUUUGCGUAAGCGACGGUGCUGCCGUUUCACCUACCGGCGACCCUGGCUCACCAAGUACUUGAACAUGGUGCUGCGACAAAAGACGAUGGAAACAACGAAGUAUGAGCCAAGGUGGGCAACGCUGGGAGUCUUUAAGGCAGCUGAUAUUCCCCCUCAUCGUGACCUACGGAACAAGCCUGGCAUGCCAAACUUCGUAAUGGAGGUGGGCGAGAGGACUGCAGAAGGGUUGUGGUUGUCAGACGCUCAUGAGGUAUGUGAAGGUGAUGGUACUGGUGGUGUAGACUUAAGUCAAGAGCUUCCUGAUGGCACCGUGGUUGAAGGAAGAGUGGUUGAUAUCAAGAACAAAGUGGCGGUGUUUGACCCAAAGAAGUUCCACUCUUAUGUUCAAGGAGAAGAUGAAGGUCGAUGGAUCAUAGCAGCUUUUACCCCAUUGAACGCGGAGGCCAUCCCCGUGAGUGCUGCAGCGUUUCUCAAUAGGUGUGGGUUUCCACUGGAAGGUACAGGAGUUGAAGUACAUGAUGUGGAAGAUGAGCCGUUGAGUAACUGGGUCAGUGAUACUGAGGUAGCCACCGAUGAGGAGGAGGAUGAAGACGAGUUAGAGUACCGGGCGAGGGUUCUACGUUGUGAACUUCAGGAGGAGACGGACGAGAGUGCAGCUUCCGCCUACCACAUCGCAAUGCAGCGGGACUUUGAGCAGUGUGUCCAUGACCUAGAAAUGGAACGGGUUCGCGCAUUGAAGAAAGUCAUGAAGGUUUCGCCAGCCGAAGCAAAAGAUGUUGAAGUGGAGGAGCUGUUAAAGACUUUAGAUGGUCACCUUGAAGUAGUGCAUAACGUUAGCCUGCCGGAAGUCAAGAAGUACAUCCACCUAUGGAAGGAGGCAAUCCUCAAGGAGGUCAAUGCGUUGAUGGACUCGGGAACAGUGACGCGUCUGUCUCCAGAGCAAACACGCGAGUUGAAGAAAUGUGGGCUUACGGUGCUGCCUGGAAAGGCAGUAUUCACUGUCAAACCUCCAGCAGAAGCUCAAGGACCUGCCCGGUUUCGUCGCAAGUGCCGGGUAGUGGUUUGCGGCAACUUUCUGCCGGCGCAGGGACAGAAUGUGUACGCGUCGGGUACUUCAGCCGACACUUUACGCAUCGCGAUAGCGAUCGCGGUGAAGAUGGGCUGGCGGAUCGGCAGCACCGAUGUGGCGAAUGCUUUUACGCUGGCGCCAAUGCCAAGGGAGCUUCUAUAUGCGCUGGUUCCUCCAACGAUCGUGGUGUUAGCCGGAGCUGCAGCCCCGGGAGAAACGUGGCAGAUCACACGGGUGCUUUACGGUUUAAGAGAGGCUCCGAGACUUUGGGGUGACUUCAGGAAUCGCAAGUUCGUUGAUGCGGUGAUCCAUGUGGGAGACAAGGUUGUGGUGCUGACAGCAACGACUACCGAUGAGAACCUAUGGAAGGCGACCUAUCAAGGGGAGGAUCAGCUACAAGGCCUCGUUUUGGUGUAUGUAGACGACAUCUUGAUGAUGGGAGAAAAAACCUUGGUUGAGGCGAUCUACCAGUGGUUGGUGAAGGAUUGGAAGUGUUCAGACCUGGAAUGGGCUGAGGAUGGGUCGCUCAGGUUUCUUGGUAUUGAGUUGCGGGUUUGUGGAGAAGGUGUGCAUCUAUCCCAAACUGGCUACGUACGUGAUCUACUACGACAACAUGGAGUCCCUGAAGAACCAGGUCUAGGUCUCACUGUACCAUGCAACCGAGAGUGGCUGCAGGAUGGAGAAUCCGACGAAGAACCGGAACCACCCCAAGAAGCUGAAGUGAAGUUGGCUCAGAAGGCAACGGGGGAGGCUUUGUGGUUAUCGACGCGAAGCAGGCCGGAGCUAGCACAUGCUGUGGGCUGUAUGGCAUCGCAUGCCUUGAAAAGGCCUCUGAGGGCGCUUGAGAUAAGCAAGAGGAUCCUGAAGUACCUAGCACGUUCUGUUGAGUAUGGCAUUUGGUACAGGGUCAAUGAAGAUGAUCCGAUGAUGGUCGUGUACUCGGACGCCAGUUACGCCCCGGGAGGAGGACGUUCGUUUGGGUCGACAAUGGCUCAGGUUUGUGGUAUGCCGGUGUCAUGGAGGGCGUCUAAGCAACCAAUAAUCACAUUGUCGGUUGCAGAGGCGGAGCUCUACGAGGGGUGCGCGGCAGUGCAGUUGGGACUGGGAGUGAGUGCUCUUUUGUCAGAACUGUCCUGGGAUCCAGUGAUGCACCUGAGGAUCGACAAUGCGGCCGCCCAGGGCUUGGCGAGCGAAUCGCCGGGCACGUGGAAGACCCGGCACCUACGUAUACGAGCCCGCUUUUUACGGCAGGAGGUUGCGGCGCAGCGGCUGGUGAUUUCUCAUGUGUGUGGAAGCUUGCAAAAGGCCGAUUUGGGCACCAAGGGCUUCGACCUGCCAAAGUUCAAGACGCUGAUGGACUUGUGGCAGAUUGUUCCGGGCACGAUCCAAGGAGCUACGAAGGCAGCUUUGAGAACUUUGAGGACGACUAAUCAGUCGGGCAUGCUGUUGUUUGUGGUUAUCUGUCUGUGCCUAGUCAAAGGGGUCCAAGGGAAAGAAGAUUUGCCGUUAGAUGGAUCCAUGGAGUUCUACUUCGUUGCAGUGGUUUCUCUGAUUGCGGCGGUUGGAAUAUGGGAAUUCCUGAAGUAUGUCAAGAAUAAGGAGGAGCUACGCAGACGUGAAGCCGAAGCUGUUUCUCCUACCGUGGUGAAGCAGAGAAACGUUUUCACCUACGCCGACCGGGUGGCAACGAGGCUCCUGGUUCUUGACAAAUACUUGGAGAUGAUCCGGCUCCACAGCAGCUACGAGCAUCUGGCCGACGUCAUCCGCUUCAUCGUAAUCGAUCGUGCCGAGGAGGAGACCCGGGUGGUUUGGUUUUCUGCAGUGGGCUUUUGA